UGGAUGGUUUUGUGUCGUAAGAUAAAAAUAAUUGUUAGUACAUUCAAAUUACGCGCGCGCGGUUUGGGAUAAAACUGCGCACGCAUAAAGGAACCAGCUGAUGAUUUCGACCAAUAAACGCGUUUCGUGCACGGUCGUCAGCGCUCGGACGUUUACGGCGCUAAACUACACCCAAUGCUAGGGAAACGAAGCAGUGAGGGAAGAGCUGCUAAUUCACUCGGCGGAGUAGCAAUAUGAACGUCUGUGGUACCGUUCGUUGAGUAAACGCGCGACGUGACAAAAUUCCAUUGCCGUGAAAUUGCGCGCCGUACGUGUCAGCGGGUCGGCGUGACGUUCCGCGUGUCGCGUGAGUGUUAACAGUGUGUCGGUGCCUGAUUACAUCCCGUACACGUGGAUACACGGAUUUCUUGGGAGCUGGUACUACGGAUUUUCGGAAGGAUACCGCCAGCCGUCGGUCCCGUCGGUCGCCGUCGUGCUGAGGAAUUGCUUUCGACGAAAGAAAUUUCUCAACUUAGGCUAAGAUGUCACAUCACAGCGACGACAACAUGCUGAUAGCAACGUCGGACUCUUUCUGGGAGCCCGGGAACUACAAGCGAACGACGCGGAGGAUCGAGGACGGUCAAAAACUCUGCGACAGCCUGAUAGCGCUGGUCCAGGAAAGGGCGGAGAUCGAGAAGAAUUACGCCAAGGCGCUCAAGAGCUGGUCGAAGAAUUGGAACGACAAGAUCGAGAAGGGACCCGAGUAUGGCACGACUGAGGCGGCAUGGAAGGGCGUCCUGGUGGAGUCUGACAGGCUCUGCGAUCUUCACCUCAGGGUCAAAGAGAACCUCUGCAACGACAUUGUUCAGCAAGUCAAAACGUGGCAGAAAGACACGUAUCACAAGUCGAUGAUGACCCUGAAGGAGCGCAAAGAAAUGGAAGACGCGUUCAAGAAGGCGCAGAAGCCAUGGGCGAAACUCCUACAGAAGGUCGAGAAGGCAAAAUCCGAGUUUCACAACAGCUGUAAGACCGAGCGUACCGCCGCGAACAUGGAGAGGAACGCCUCUGCGGAUAGUUCUCUCUCGCCGGAUCAGAUGGCCCGAGGCUCUGAAAACGUGAAGAAAAUGCAGGAUAGGGUACAGAAAACUAAAGAGGAAGUGCAAAAGGCGAAAGAGAAAUAUGAAGCGGCGCUUCAAGAAAUCAAUCAAUACAAUCCAAAAUACAUGGAAGACAUGACGCAAGUAUUCGAGAAAUGUCAGGAAAUGGAAGCGCAGCGACUACAAUUCUUCAAAGAGGUCCUGUUCGGCAUUCACAAAUGUCUGAAUGUAUCGCAGGAUCCAGUGCUUCCACAAAUAUACGAGGAGUUCUAUCAUACGAUAAAUAAUGCCGAUCAUGAGAAAGACCUGAAAUGGUGGUCUAAUAAUCAUGGCGUAAAUAUGGCUAUGAAUUGGCCGCAGUUCGAGGACUACACAGAGGAGUUCCGCGAGAUCACGAAGGGCUCGAAGUCGAAGGAGGCGCUCCCAGCAGGCCCGAUCACACUCAUCAAUCAACGCCCGGUCGGCGAGGAUCUGCAUGAAUUUCCACCUGUCAAUAACAAAUCAAAAUCGAAGCCCGCCGCCCGAGUGAUACCAACGGACACGAAUCACGGAGAUAGCAAAACCGAUACAAUAAGUUCCAGCAAGCAAUCUUCGGAAAAGAACGAGACCGAUAGCGUUAAUAGGACUUCAACCAUUACUAACGGCACUAAUGCUAAGCAAGAGUCAAACCCAUUCGAAGAGGAGGAGUGGGAUGAGGACGGUGGCGAACCUCUGGUCGACAAUGGAGAACCGGGUGUUCCUGUACGAGCAUUGUACGAUUACGAAGGAGCUGAGGCGGACGAGCUCAGUUUUAAACAAGGAGAUGUAUUCGAGAAGCUAGAAGAUGAAGACGAACAAGGGUGGUGUAAAGGGAGAAAAGACGGUAGAGUGGGCCUCUAUCCGGCAAAUUACGUAGACUUGGUGUCGCAAUAGAUUAAGUAAAGUAAAGCCAAAUCCACAAGUUCGUUAGUUACUUAAAUAUGUAACCUCUGAGAAGAACAAAGUUUCGUUUCGUUUCUCCUCGCUGUGCGAAUUUCCAUUCGCGACGCGUUCAAGGAGAGACCACGAUAUAUGAUGAACGAAUCUUAAUAAAGAAUGAAUUAUAAUAUUUUCCGAGGCAUUCUAGGCGUGAGCUGAUCGUCCGCAUUUAUGAACUGUAUAAACCGACGGAGAAGUGAUUUUGUUUCGAGAUCCUUCCUCCGCGUCAAAGGCAAUUAGCGGAGUUGAUUUAAAUGAACAGCUUCCCAUGCGAAGGUAUCCCACUCACUUAAAAUAAAAUUUGGUUUUAGAUAGCUAGAUUAGUCAAAAUCGUUUUGCUAGUUAGUCCCAAUCGAUAAACAUGGAUUGCCACGAGCGUAUAGCAAGUUUAGAUCUUCGGAAUAUUGUACAAUCAUAUGUUUUAUGACUCAUUACCAUUGUUGUAAGAAUCUUUUGGCUGAUGCAACGAGAGUUCUAUUUAAUUUAUUGUUAUUAAAAAAAAUACUAUUAAAAACUAAUGUCUAUCUAUAUGGUGUCAUUGUACAUAAUAGAUAUAAGAGCAUAUAUAUAUAAAUAUAUAUAUAUAUACAUAUAGUAAUACGUGAAGUUAUUAAGUUGUCGUUUAACGAAUUUAAAAUGUUAAAACAUGUGAACAUAAAAUACAUCACUUUAAAUGGAUAUAAAAUAAAAAUACAAAAUAAAAAAGUUCGGGACCC